AUCAAGAAUUUAGAGUGAGACUGGUGUUAGCAAGACUAGCACCAGCUCGCUGUAGCAUGUGACGUGUUUACCUGAUCCGCAAAAUACCUAUCCAGGGGUUGUAUGAUCUAGCAUGCAUUCGCAAAGUCUGAUUAGGGGAACACGACUGUAUGAGGCGCAUUCCUCUUGCCUAGGUUUUGCUGACGCAUUCCAGAUAUUACAACAACGCCUGGAUAUGUAUUUUACGUAAUUCCGGAAGCAUUUCUCAGGUCUGUGUAGCAGUGGGGACUUAUUUAGUAGUUACACCAUGGAGUCCUGCUGUGAAAACGUGAAAGCUGUCAGGAGAAGUAAAGAGGAGAAGAAACUUCUCCGAAAACAAAUCAAAGCCAGUCAUACUUUACUGAAACAUGAGGGUUUAAGCACAGUAUCACAGCCCACCAAGAGCCUGGUGGUGGCUAAUGGUGGGCUAGGUAACGGUGUGAGCCGUGAGCAGCUCCAGGACGUGCUGGGAGAGGUCGGCGAGGUGGAAAUCCUGGUUAUGCCCCCACACAAACCCUACGCCCUAGUGACCUACAGGUCAGAGGUCAGCGCCCAGAGAGGACACGCCCUCAACGGACGACAGCUGCAGCGUGGGGACCAGAUUGUCACACUGUACCUGAGCUAUGUCAACACAGUGGACAGUGAGUUGUGGGGGUGUGUGGACCUCCCCCCAGGGUUGGUGCUGGUUGAGGAGUUUGUGUCUCCAGAGGAAGAGGCUCUCCUGCUGGAUGCUAUAGACUGGACGUCCCACGAUGAGGAUGUCACUGUGCAGAAAGUCCUGAAGCACAGGAGAGUGAAGCAUUUUGGUUACGAGUUUCGCUAUGACAACAACAACGUGGACAAAGACAAACCGUUACCUGGAGGUCUUCCCCAGGUGUGUGUCCCUGUGCUGGAGAGGUGUGUGAGGGACAGACACACAGAAGUCAUGCCAGACCAGCUGACUGUGAACCAGUACCAGUCUGGACAAGGUAUUCCUCCUCAUGUGGACACUCACUCUGCCUUUGAAGACCUCAUCCUCUCCCUAAGCCUGGGGGCUAAGACGGUGAUGGAUUUUCGUCAUCCUGAAGGCCGCUCGGUUGCCGUAGUGUUGCCACGGCGCAGUCUCCUGGUGAUGAAGGGAGAGAGCAGAUACCUAUGGACACACGGGAUAACCCCCAGGAAGUUUGAUGUGGUGCCAGCCUGUGACCCAAAAUCCCCUGCUGCAGUGACCUCUGACCUCAGUAACCAUAGUAACCUCACCCUAAGUAGGAGGGGCACCAGGACCUCUCUCACCUUCCGUAAGGUGCGCCGCACACCAUGUGACUGUGGUUACCCCUCGGCCUGUGACAGCCAGCAGCCUCCUGCCCCUCCCUCGCCCCCCUUCCUCCCUCGCAGCCAGACUGACGCCUGCCGUCUGGAGGCGGAGUUUGUGCACCGCGUGUACGAGGAGAUCGCUUGUCACUUCAGCAGCACUCGACACUCUCCCUGGCCACGCGUGUGUCACUUCCUGUCUUCCCUAGAACCAGGAAGCAUUCUCGCCGAUGUGGGCUGUGGGAAUGGAAAGUACCUGGGCGUCAACCCGGAUGUGAUUGCGGUGGGCUGUGACCGUAGCAGUGCUCUGGUCCAGAUCUGCUCUGAAAGAGGCUUCCAGGCCUUUGUGUCAGAUGCCCUCAAUGUACCUCUACGCAGUGACACCUGUGAUGCCUGCAUCUCUAUUGCGGUCAUACACCACCUCUCCACACAGGUCAUACACCACCUCUCCACACAGGUCAUACACCACCUCUCCACACAGGUCAUACACCACCUCUCCACACAGGUCACACACCACCUCUCCACACAGGUCACACACCACCUCUCCACACAGGUCACACACCACCUCUCCACACAGGUCAUACACCACCUCUCCACACAGGUCAUACACCACCUCUCCACACAGGUCAUACACCACCUCUCCACACAGGUCAUACACCACCUCUCCACACAGGUCAUACACCACCUCUCCACACAGGUCAUACACCACCUCUCCACACAGGUCAUACACCACCUCUCCACACAGGUCAUACACCACCUCUCCACACAGAAGCGGAGGCAGGCUGUGGUUGAGGAACUUGUUCGACUGCUGAGGCCUGGAGGACGGGCGCUGAUCUAUGUGUGGGCUGUGGAACAGGAAUAUAACAAGCAGAAGUCCAAAUAUCUCAAAGAGACCAGACAACAGGGUCCUACAGGCGACUCCACGGACCACAACAACCAGGAGUCAAAGAGUCUUACAGGCAAUACCAUAGACGCCCACAACACAGCACAGGACUUUUCAGGCAAUACCACAGACGCCCACAACACAGCACAGGAUUUUUCAGGCAUAGCCACAGACUGCACCAAGGUCCACCGUGAGACAGAGAGUCCAGCAAAACUGAGCAUUCACACCAACCGCACUGCCUUCAACUCCCAGGACCUCCUGGUGCCCUGGCACCUCAAGGGUGGAGUGAGAGGAGGGUGUAACCAGGGGAGGGGAGGGGAUGAGCAGGGGGAACAAGGCUCCAAAAAUACUUUAGACCCCCCCACUGAAGCCCAGGCCCCCGCUCCCAGCCCAGUGUUUCACCGCUACUACCAUGUGUUCCAGAAGGGGGAGCUAGAGGAGCUGUGUGUCAGGGUUAGAGGGGUGGCCAUACAGAGAAGCUACCACGACCAGGGGAACUGGUGUGUCAUACUGAAGAAGACUGGAGACAGAUAAACAACACUUCCACAUUUAGGUAAAUGUGCUCCUGAACUGAUAAACAUUGAAUUCGGAAAUAAAUUAGCUUUUCGCUUCAUCAGAUAAAGAUGGAGACAAUUAUACAAACCAAUUAACUGUUUUAUUAUCUCUGAUUUAUUGUAAAUAAUAAAGAUUGAAAAACAAAAUGUCCUUCAAAUUAA